AUGUCUUCUCUCACUGACCUCCCCAGCGCCGCGGGGCACGCGGAGGUGCCGUCCGCUAAGUAUUCCGACGAUGACCUCCCAGAGUUCACACCCAUGCCAUGGAAGCUGCAGGAAAUCCGCGCCGCCAUUCCGGGCCAUCUGUUCGUCCGCGACACCAAGCGCGGCCUCGCAUGGCUCGCGGUCGACCUGCUCAUGGCCGCGGCGUGUUGGACCGCUGCGCUCCGCAUCGACCCGGCCUUCAGGGCACCUGCGAUGGUCCAGAUCUUGUCGCCCACCGGCGCGCACGCCGCGCGCUGGGCAUGUUGGGCCGUCUACUGGUGGUUCCAGGGCCUGAUCUUCACCGGCAUUUGGGUCAUCGGCCAUGAGUGCGGCCACGGCGCCUUUUCACCCAGCCAGCGUGUCUGCGACGUGAUAGGCUACGUUACACACACGCUGCUGUGGACGCCGUAUUUCAGCUGGAAGAUCUCUCACCACCGUCACCACUGCAACCACGCGUCGAUGGAGCGCGACGAGGUGUAUGUGCCCAAGACCCGCAGCGACCUUGGCAUCCCGCCAGAGAGCGCGCACCACGAGAUCGACUGGGACGAGUACUUUGGCGACACCCCUAUCUACACGCUGUUCACGCUCGUGCGGCAACAACUGCUCGCGUUCCCGGCCUACCUCCUCUUCAAUGUCUCGGGACAAAAAGACUACCCCAAGUGGACCAACCAUUUCGACCCGAGCUCGAUUCUUUUCACCAAGGAGCAGUGGGGAGUCGUCUGGAUCUCCAACCUGGGUAUCCUCACGAUGAUGGCUGUCAUCCACUUAGCCUCUAUCACUUGGGGCGCAGCGGCCGUCGUGAAGUUGUACGGCAUUCCGUGGUUGUGCGUGACCCACUGGUUCAUCAUGAUUACAUACCUGCACCACACCGACCCUGCGUUGCCUCACUACCGCCAGCGGGAGUGGAACUACCAGCGCGGCGCGGCCGCGACUGUGGACCGCGAUAUACUCGGCUGGAUGGGCCGCUUUUUCCUGCACGACGUCGCCCACUACCACGUCGUCCACCACUUCUUCCCCAAGAUGCCUUUCUACCACGGCGCCGAGGCCACUCAGUACCUUAGGGCGUUCAUCGGCGAGCACUACCACUAUUCUGAGAAACCGGUGUUCAAGGCGCUCUGGGACAACUACAACGACUGCCAGUUCGUCGAGGACGAAGGUGACGUCCUCUUCUACCGGAACAAGAAAGGCCAAGCCGUUCUCCGUCCUGCCGCAAAGUACCGCGGCACCGGUGUGGCCUCCAAAACCUCCGCGACAGCAUCUUCUUGA